AAGGUUUUUGUUUUGUUGAAGAUCUUAAACAACAGUCGCGUAAGUGCAAAUCAUGACUGACGACGCAUUCGCAGACAAUGCAGAAACUGCAAUUGCUCCGACCAACGAGUCAUUGUUCCCGCCUGUUGUUUCUGCUGAAAUUCCGGAAAUCAAGCUGUUCGGAAAGUGGAGCACGGACGAUGUGCAGGUUUCCGAUAUUUCAUUGACGGAUUACAUCGCCGUUAAGGAGAAGUCCGCUAGGUUUUUGCCGCAUUCAUCUGGUCGUUAUGCUGCAAAACGGUUCCGGAAGGCUCUGUGCCCCAUUGUUGAGCGAUUGACCAACAGCUUGAUGAUGCAUGGACGGAACAACGGCAAGAAACUCAUGGCUGUGCGAAUUGUGAAGCACGCCUUUGAGAUCAUUCAUCUGCUCACCGGCGAGAAUCCGCUGCAAGUGUUGGUGAAUGCGAUCAUCAAUUCUGGUCCGCGAGAAGAUUCGACUCGUAUUGGACGUGCCGGUACAGUUCGUCGUCAGGCUGUCGACGUUUCACCAUUGCGUCGCGUGAAUUUGGCUAUUUGGCUCCUUUGCACGGGUGCUCGCGAAGCCGCGUUUCACAACAUCAAAACGAUUGCUGAGUGCUUGGCUGAUGAACUAAUCAACGCUGCCAAGGGCUCGUCAAAUUCGCACGCCAUCAAGAAGAAGGACGAACUUGAGCGUGUAGCCAAGUCCAAUCAAACUUCUAUUUUCUGUGUGCGAGUCGUUGUAGACUUCCAUUCGUUACUUUGUAUCGUCUCUGGAAUGAUGGACAAGGAUCUCUUGGACAUUCUUACCGACCUUGAGUAUAAUGGGCCUUUGUUGGACGAAAUGAAACUAAAGGAGGCAUUGAACGCUGGGCAACGCAGUGUGGAAUACACACAAGUCGUCGCGUGGCUCUCAGCAGAGUUGCGCCAAUUGUGCAACCUUGAAGAGCAAGUUAACCCUGUUGUCAACCCUGAAGAUUCUUCGCAUUUCAUGAUGGAGCUGUCUUCGUUUUUGAAAGAGCUCCACUGUCCACAUCCUCUGCUAACGGAGGGAGCAUUGAGUAAGCGGUUAGGAGAUUACAAGAGUCGUGCCAUUUUGCUGGAGUUUUUGGCGACCGAACUGCAAGCGGCACGCAUGAUCAACUUAUCGGAGAUUCUGUCGAAGCUACCGAAUGGGUCGCUUGGUGAGCCUUUGUUCCACAAAAAUUUGUCAGGAAAUCAAUGGCAGCAGUUGGAGAAACUGCUGUCGGAUUUUUCUCAGGAAUACUCUUUACGAAGGCAAAUGUUACUCACCAGGUUGGACGUCACAAUCCAGUCAUUCAAAUGGUCUGAAAAACUGAAGGAGGAAUCCGAGAAGGUCAUAGAAGCCUACAAGCAACAGCGAAGUUAUUUGUCCCAGGAACCGGACGUGAUUUUUGCCGACUUCCUCGCCGCGCGGAAAGAUCUCGCUAUUUUGGAAAAAACCUCUUCUGCCGCAGUCCGACUGGCGACGAAGUCUCAUCUCAAUGACGUUCUUAUCGGGCACGUUCCGGACCGCGGCGGUCGUCCCUCCGAGCAAGCCGCCCCGCCGCCAGAAAUGCCUUCCUGGCAAAAGCAGCGUGCUCAAGGUCCGCAGUCAGCUGGAGGAGGAGGUGGCGGCGGCCGCGGUGGAGGUGGUUUUCGCGGUGGGCGAGUUCAGGGCCAGCACAGGGACGAUGGCGGACGUGGAGGAUAUCGAGGCAGCGGUGGGGGUUGGGGAGGGCGCGGUCGUGGGGGAUUCAAUCAGUCGUACGAUAAUAAUUACAACUACAGUGGUCGAGGCGGAGGGGGUGGUGGGGGCAGCGGUGGCGGUGGGUAUUCUGGGCGUGGCAGAGGACGAGGAGGGUAUUAGAAACGAGCGUCUUGUCGCUACUGCUUCUGUUAACGGGGACGAAGUGAUUCUCAGAAGGACAAGGCUUUACGUUUCCCUGAGCAUUAAAUCAUCGUUUUAGUUCCGCACUUCACGUGCGUGACGUGCUUGAAUCAAAGUUCACAACUUUUGUAGUUAUCUCGAUUUCCGAGUCAUUAGUAGAUUCAGCAUGGUGCAGUGAACAGGACUAAAACUCGAACAAAAAUUUAAGUCCAUCUUCGAAAAUUUACGGGUUAUUUUUUCAAAUUUUCGAAGCAUAUUUCUUAUUUUUUCCUCUUCAUCAAUCGAGAACGAUGUUGUCUGAUCUAAAGUAUGAAGAAAAAUAAAUUUGCUGAUUACUUGUAGAAGUUCUUGAAUUUUACAACCUGAUGGAAAAAAUUGGGCAAAGUACCGCGAGUUCGUAUUGUUCUUAAUAGUUACUAACAUGGAUUCGUACCAAAGCCACGAAGCUAGUCCUAAAUGAGAAUGUACCUUCUUCCCUACGAUCAACUUGAGCAUAGCUAAGGCGCUGUGGUCCUGGAAACUUCGACUUUUAUUGUGAUCCUGGCUAUUUUUCCGAGAAAUGAUGGAACAACAGCUGGUCAUUGUUGGCGGGGGUGAGAAUGAAAUUUUCGCUUGUUGCA